CUGUUUCCGGUGUGUGUGUCACAUUGACAUGAGUCCGUGGAACAGCAACAGCAGCAUGUUGUGGAGCUGCUGAAGAGACGCGAUGUUUUCCGGGUUGAAGGAUCGAGUCGGUUCGGUUCUGUUACCGGGAGAUGAGUUCUCCUUUCAGACCGACGACACCAUCUCUCUCACGGAGCCCGUUCAGCCGGAGAAGGUGCUGUGUGGUCCGGGUCUGAGGCGGAGCGGAGACCGGCUGCUGGUCUCUAAAAGCGGCGUCCUCCGACACAAACAGCCCAACGUGUUCUGGAUGGACUCCCAGCAGAGGAGGUAUGUCCCCGCUAAAGGAGAGACCGUCAUCGGCAUCGUGACGGUCAAAUCGGGAGACGUCUUCAAGGUGGACUUUGGAGGAAGUGAGCAGGCGUCUCUGUCCUACCUGGCUUUUGAGGGAGCCACCAAGAGGAACCGCCCCAACGUCCAGGUGGGUGACCUGGUGUUCUCUCAGUUCAUCAUAGCCAAUAAGGACAUGGAGCCGGAGCUGGUGUGUAUGGACAGUUCAGGACGAGCCAAUGGGAUGGGAGUGUUUGGAGGAGGAGGUCUGCUCUUCACCGUCUCUCUGGGACUCAUCAGAAGACUGCUGUCCCCCCACAGCGACGUCCUGUCUGACCUGCAGCAGCUGUUUCCCUGUGAGCUGGUGGUCGGGAUGAACGGCCGUCUGUGGGUGAAGUCCUCCAGCGUUCAGCGGACGCUCGUCAUCUCCAACCUGCUGCAGAGCUGCGACACCAUGACGGCCCAGCAGAGACAGCAGCUGUUCAGGAGGGUGGCACAGGGGGCGCUGUAGACCACAUCGGACCACAGGUAACAGCAGAAGAGGAGCAGUUUCUCACCAUGCGUCCUCUGACCCGGUAGAAGGUCACCGCCGUCCCGUAAUCUUUCACCAGCUUGAGGAAGUCGGCGUUGCUGAGGUGACACAUCGGGAGGUUACUGAGGAAAACCACUCUGGACGGAGAAGACUGCAAACACACAACAACAAACCUCAACAACACGUCGGACCAACUGAACAGACUGUUUUAUUAACAUUAAUACGUCUUCCUUACUUCGGGUUCAUCUUGGACUUCUUCAGCAUCUGCAGCAGACAAAAACCACCACAAUCAGUUUUCCUGUUUAUCGUUUCCUUCUGUUCUUAUUUGUUUUGUAUUCAUUUGUGUUUUUAAAAUGUGCUUUACAAAUAAAGUUUGACUUAAUAAAACAUUAUGAAAAGGGUUAAAUAUGAUAUUUAA